CAUCAGCUCUGGCAGGACGUUGGGCUGCUGGCCAGGGAAUGAGAAACCACAAAUCAACCCCCUACCCCUGACCUGUCCUGCUCGGUCCGUAUUGGCUUUCUGAUCAGGUGCAGAGUCUGGAACAGGGAGGAGACCAGGGCCAGGACCUCCGCCCCGGCUCCACUUCGUUGCUGCUGGAUCAGACCCAGUCAGACAGAGGAGCCAACCUCAGCCCAGCACCUGUAACAGCGUCUCUAGCCUGAGUGUCGCUGAGAGACAAUGUGGUCAGCAACUGGGGCUGCUGAGAGCAAAGUGCCGCUGCAGGAGUUGCGUGUUGAUGGCAAUGGAAACCUGGAGGCUGGCGUGGAGCCAGAACCUUGUUAUAACUGCAAGAAAAGUCAAACUGGUCCAGUUGUGGUUGCACUGAUAGUUGUAUCAUCUGCUUUGAUCGCCGUCAUCAUUGCUCUGGCAGUGCUGGCAUCUAAGCUUUCAUCAGCUGAUCUGUGCCCCCCUGCAUGCACAGACGGCUGGAUCGGGUACCGAGGGAAAUGCUACUAUUUCUCCGAGACUGAAGGGAACUGGACCUACGUUCAGAGACUCUGCUCCUCCUUUGGUGCCUCCUUGGCUGGGAUUGACAGUGAGCAGGAAUUGAUGUUCCUGCUGCGCCAUAAGGAUAUCCAUGAACACUGGAUCGGCCUCUGGAGGGAGCAGGGGCAGCCCUGGAAAUGGACCAACAGCACUGAAUUCAACGACCUGUUUCAGAUAAGAGGAGGUGGUGACUGCGCGUAUCUGAAUGACGAGAAAGGGGUCAGCAGCUCACGGUGCUACAUGGAAAGACGGUGGAUCUGUAGGCAAACCUGAGGUGUAUGUGAUGGGAAAAGGGACUGCACUGGAAGGGAGCUCAAAAUAAGCCUCCUAGAAAUGACACUGAUACAACUCAUACCUACUUGAAUGAACCAUGUCCCUGUUCAUCAGCCUGGCCAACAUCUCAAAAUCGGGCAGUGGGGCCCUCAAGCAAUAAGUGUGUGUCGUUUAAACUGUGGAUUCUUUGUAUGUGCCUUCUGCUUCUGAGGGUAUGUCUACAUCUACGAUUUUGCAGCGCUGGUUGUUA